CUAACAGACCGGCAGUGGUGUUACACCGACUGUUGACGGUGUAACACCACACUGGAGAAGACGCUUGCAUCCCUUCAUUGUAAAUUGUUUUUUAGCUCCAUUUAUUCUCCUUUAAAUAUCUUUAAUUCAUCGUAAAUGAGUUGCAGCGGAGACAGCGAUGAUGACAGCAGUUGUAAGCGGAAGGUGGCUUAUGUUUACAGCCCGGAAUACAUCCAGACUUGCGAUAGUUUAUCCAAAGUACCAAACAGGGCAAGUAUGGUCCACUCACUGAUAGAAGCCUACGGACUCCUUAAACACAUGAGCGUCGUUAAACCUCAGGUAGCGACCAUCGAGGACAUGGCCAAGUUCCACACAGACUCUUACCUGGAGCAUCUUCACAAGAUCAGCCAGGACGGAGACAACGACGACCCGCAGUCCGGAGACUACGGCCUGGUCAGCUGUGACUUCAGGUUUUCAUGCCGCGGCCCUCCUCCUCCUCAUCCACCUCCUCUUCAUCACAUCUCCUCAUCACAUCCAGAUCUUCAGCAUCAUCACCAGUGUCUCGACCCCGGGGGGUUCCCUAUAUGCUCACGGCUGCAUUUCCCCCUUUAAGGCCCGGCUGUUUCUCGUCUCGUGAUUACCCCUCCCUGUAUUUAGUCGUGUCUCUUCCUGUGUUCAGUAUUGGUUCAUUAUUUGUCGUUCAUGUCCCCCUUCAUGUUGGUCACGGUCACCUUUGUUUGGAUGCUACCUCGUACCUGUUCUUGGAUUCUUGUUUUUGUUCAGCUUUUGUUAAAUAAAGCUCGCCUUUUGUUUCCUUUUGAAACCGGCUUCCUCCUCAAUCUGCAUUUGGGUCCUAUUUUUCCCCAACCCUGACAGGUUGCUUCUGAUUUCCAUUCUCCCUCCAUCUGUAUUAAGACGUUACAAUCAUAUGUAAUUUUAUUUGUUAUGAUGAUACAUUCCGUUUUUGGUAUCGGUAUGAAAGGAUUUUAGUUGAGUUUAUGGCUGACAUGACGCCUGUUUUACAUUCUUGUGUUUGAGGUUUUUUUAAAGCCUUUGUGUUGGAUUGGUUGUGUUUGUUUGUAUUACUCAUUUUGUUUUCAAGGUUUUUUGAUGCAUAUGAUGAGGGGGAGGCUGAAGGGAUGCUGGCAGGAUGCACUGUUUGCUGAGCAGUCCCUCUUUCACAAUAUAUAUAGACAACACUACUGCUAUAACUAUUACUAGGCUAUUACUACUACUACUACUACUACUACUAGUAUUACUACUACUACUACUACUACUACUACUACUGCUACUAUUAUUAUUACUACUACUACUACUUUUACUACUACUACUACUAUUACUACUACUACUACUACUACUACGACUAAUAAUAAUAAUAUUAAUAGUAUACAUUAGAUUGUAGACCACCAUCUGGGAGGUGUAUCUUUUUUUUAAAUGACCAAUUUCUAUUAUUGUAUGCAGUGGAAAGGGCCAAGCUUCCCCUUUAUAAAACUGUUUAAAAUCGCUUAAAAUGAACUGUAAGCAAAUAUGAAUAGCGUCUCUGAUGCACGUUCUUUUAUAUAAAUAAAUACAUACAAAUACA